AUGGCGCGUCAGGGCAAUCACAUUCCUGUGACGCGCACAGGAAGCCUACCGCCUAGAAUCUCCAAAUCUGCACGAUCUACGUCCAGACCCAAACGGCCCCCCGGACGCCCCUUCAAGCUGCCCCGGAGUACAAGUGCAAGCACAUCAUCAUCCCGAUCUGGUCGCUCGGGCCGUCCCUCUGCCUCCCCGAGCGUCGCCCCAACUCCACCGCGCAGGACGCUGUCAAUGCUAGAGGCCCUACCCAGGGAGCUCAUUGAGCAGAUCUUCCUCUAUUCAUUGAACCUCAACCUCCCACGUGCUUCACCCGCCCUCGCUGCCGCGCUCUCUAGAGAACACAUCUACAAGCUUCUCAUCAUCCUCGCCUGUUGGGAUGACCCACCGGACGCCAGUUCCUCAUACAAAGGCAUUGGCCCCAUCCUGGCGCCGCUUGAUUACAUACCAUUAGGAAUCCCUCAACGCGCCAAGCUGCAAGAGGAUGUCUUCCGCUGUCGAUUCUGUACACUGGACCGCGUCCGAGACCAGAUUCCCACCAUGAUGCUUUUAACCAUCCGCCGCCAGUGGAUCAACAACGAUAUCGUCAUGGAGCCAGAUCAACAGGAAGCCCUGGAACAGUUCAUGGAGCGCAAAGACAACAAAGUCGCCACCUUCCAAGGAAAGGGACCGCCAGUCCAGAUAGUACCCCAGAUUAGGGCCAAUCCCGAGUUGCUGCGCCGAGCCCAGCAGCCCGGUCUGCACGAGUACGAGCUAUGCGUGAAUCCGAUGACCCUCAUCGAAUACCGCUCAAAAACAUUAGGUACAACUGUGACUUGGCCCGCUCUCAAUCUAAAAAUCUUCCCACCCAAUCUCCUCCGCGGGGGACCGAAGGGCUUCAGCGCCGCCGACGUCGAAUUCCUCGAAAUGCUACGUAUCACCUCGGGCAACACCCUUCCGCCCUUUAACGAGCUGGGACCCUGUACAUUUACGACUGUCGACCGGAGGGCACUACACACAGGCGUGAACAAGGCAAUAGUAACGCAGAAUUUCGUGGCACUCGAAACACUGCUCAAGAUCGAUGAACUCUUCUGCCGCUUCCAUGGCCAUAGAACUGAAGAAUCGGUUUUUUACACCAUCCCGUCCGAGCACUACCUCACCGUGAUCCGUUUACGCUGUGAUCCGAUCCAGAACGUCCGAUUAUUUCAAACUCUCCUUCGUGCCUCGGCGGAGUCGAUGCCGAUCAAAUCAACGGAACUUACUCAGUGGAUGUUCAAUCUCGUCUCCAUGGCAGAACAGGAUCCCGCGCAAUAUGGCCAAAUUAGCAAGUUUGUGCAUUGGUUAAUGGAUUUCUAUAUUGAAAUUGAGAACCAUAUUGAAUGGGCGAGGCAACAUCCUAGUGGCGCGCUGUUUUAUCAGGGCCUGUUGGAUCCAAAUGAGGAGAAGGGAAGAAAAUACAUUGAUGCAGUAUAUGGCCCUGGUGCGAAACCGCCUAAGAGAUAUAUUGAUGAGACUUCGUUCGACGCGAAGCAUUGGUGGUUGAAGCAGGCUGGGUCGGAAGUGCCUCCUCACUUUGUGAGAAGUCCUCCGCAGACUGGGCCUUGA